AUGUCGCAUCAGCACGUCAGCUCGUCGCAUCGCCCGCUCGGUGCAGUUCCGGUGAAGAAUGAAAAGGGCGCAAUGACGAUGCAAAAGGUAAAAGUGCAGCGAUACAUCUCCGGUAGAAGGCCGGAGUAUGCAAAUGAGCGAUCAGGCUCUUCAGAGGAGGAAGAGUCGGACAAUGAGAUGGACAUACGUUCACGACAGCCUUUACCGGGAAUCACAAAUCAACGAGGACAGCUGGACAGUGACGAUGAGGAGGACUUACCGCGUAGAUCUCGUGGUGAGGCCAGCCACUCGCGACGACCUGUUGAAAAGCCGCAAAUUCUCAACUCCACCAGUCAGGAUUCAGAGGGGAGUGAAGACGAGGACGGCGACGUGGUUCGCAGACGGCGGCGAGAGCGUGAGGUGAUUGACGCCGAGGCAAUUGACGAUGACGAGGCGGCUGAAGAGGAAAACAUUGAGCGGAGACACGAGCUGAUCAAGCAGCGAAUCGCUCAGCUGGAGAUUGCCCAGCAACAACAUCGUCAAAGUGGUGCAGCCGAUGACGAUGCGGGGGAUGAUGACGAGGACGAGGCGGCGGAGGAGGAUGAAGAGGAUGAAGAAUCCGAAGGNGGGGAUGAUGACGAGGACGAGGCGGCGGAGGAGGAUGAAGAGGAUGAAGACUCCGAGUACGAGGAGUUCUCCGAUUCUGAGGACGAGGGCAUGCCCCGACUGAAGCCGAUCUUCGUCUCGAAGAAGGACCGCAUCACGAUCAUCGAGAAGGAGGAAGAGGAGGAGCGCCGACUGGCGGCCGCCGAGGCGGAGAAGAAGCUGGUCGCCGAGCAGCGCCGCCGGGCGACGAUGAAGCUGGUGGAGGAUGAGCGCCGCCGCGAGGAGGAGGAGGAGGCGCAGGCGCGGGCGGCCGCCGAGGAGGAGGCCAUCAUCAAGGGCAUCGCCGCCCUACUGACCGACGACGAGGACGAGGAGACGGGCUUUGAGCUGUGGAAGGUGCGCGAGCUGAAGAGGAUCAAGCGGGAGAAGGAGGAGGAGGAGGCCCGCGAGAAGGAACGAGCUGAGAUUGAACGGCUGCGCAACAUGACCGAGGAGGAGCGCCAGGCGGAGCUGGAGGCCAACCCGCGGCAGAUCACCAACAAGGCGGAGAAGGGCAAGUACAAGUUCAUGCAGAAGUACUACCACCGCGGCGUCUUCUACCUGGACGAGGAGGCGCCCGUGCUGAAGCGCGACACUGCCCAGCCGACGCUGGAGGACCACUUCGACAAGACGGUCCUCCCCUCGGUGAUGCAGGUGAAGAACUUUGGCCGGGCGGGGCGCACCAAGUACACCCACCUGGUGGACCAGGACACCACCGCCUUUGACCACGCCUGGGGUGAUAAGAACAACAGCGGCGCCAUCAAGUACCACUCGUCGCACGGCGGCGGCAUGAAGCAGGUCUUUGAGCGGCCGGGCAAGCGAAAGAAGCCCGAGCAGUAG